CGACGGUGAAGUGAAGUGCGCGUUGAAUGAAAUAUCGAGUAAUAGUUUUUUCUCGUUGAUAAUAAUAAUUAUUAUUAAAGGUUGUUCAUCGAUCGCGGAAGCACAAACGGUGUUUGCAUCGCGAGUAUUAAAUAUUUAUAUUUAUAGGAAAAGUGAGAUAUCGCUGACGCUUUUUUCGGGGAUGAUCUGAAAACUAUCGAAACGCGGUUUUCGCGUUUGAGAUUAUUUUACGAACACCUUGGUGGUGACGUGUGAACCCUUUCCCGCGUUUUUACUUUAGUCAUCGAGUGUCCGCCGCCGUUACGUAUAGAUGAAUUUCGGGAGUGUCGAGGAAAAUAACAAUGACUAUCAUCGUCGUAUUCACGUGGAGAGUAAAUAUUUCGCGUUUUAAUGUGUGAUCGAUACGUAAAUCGCGGAGGCUUCGUCGGAUUAUUCCGCGAGCGCCUUGGCGAGUGACGUGUGUGAACCUUUUCCUGCAUUUUUGCAAGUUAUCGAGUGUCCGCCAUUACGCGUAGAUGAAUUCCGGGAGUGUGGAGGAAAGUAUCGGGCACGGUAUCAUCGUCGCGUCCUUUUCACGUCGAGAAUAAGUAUCUCGCUCGAUUGUGUGAUCGAUAUUUGAUCGAUACGUGAAUGGCGGUUAGCGGAGGCUUCCUUUGGCGUCUCUGUUCGACGAGCGUCGUAAUCGUCGUUGCCGUGCGAAUUCUCUGCGUCCGUUAGUUUUCGAAUGACGAUCGUCUCGUACGAUUACGCGAGUGUAAAUAUGACGAACCACUAUCGCAGUUACGGCACCGGCAGUCAUCGCGAAUGAUAAUCGUGUAGCCGCGAAUCGGAAGUGCCGAGAAAAAUUAACGGGCGUGAAAAAGUAUAUCGCGAUCGUAUAUUCGAAUGUAAAGUGCCGCGAGUAAUGGUGAAUAACGUGAUACACGGAUCUCGUCGCGUAUAAAUGUCGUCGGCAGUGCUAAAUAAAAAUAUCGGACGAUUAUACGAGCGCAAGAGUUGCGAACGUAUAACGGUAAGCGAAUUGUCGCGAGAGAAAGUACAAUAUAAAUAUAUCGGGUGUGUCGAAAGUGUGUGAUUACGCGAAAAUAAAUAUGCUGCGAAAGCAUAACAUAAAAUCGCAAAUGGAAAAAAAGCUAGCUCGCGCGAUCGAGUACGUUUUCGCGAUUUAUCCUAAAUCAACCUCGUGGAAUCAUGAAGCAGAAAUAUAAAUUAGCAUCGAUGGAGCAGCAAUAUAUGUACAUGCGACAAAGGCUUGGCAAAAUUGGACGCUACAGAUACGAAAAAGCUUUUUUUUCGGGACAAUAACGGAUCGGAUGGGAUGGAAUCUGAACAGUAAUGAUGAAAGAAAUUCUAUGAGAUUGAAGAGCCAAGAUUAACCGGCUGUUCAUGUUCAUCAUCGCUUCGCGCGUUAAUGGAGCGCAGCCUAUGGAAAGGGAUGCGCUGACACGCUGCCAGCCAAAGACGAAGGUUCCUUGAGACAGGAUUAGAAGGUCGCCUAAAACCCGAGUAAAUUCCUGUCUUCAUCUUAGAUCAAUUAAAUCAUCGACGUAAGCUUCUUGAAGAGGUUCAAUCUUUGCGUACUAAAAUCUGUGUCGCGCACAAAAUCUGUUUCAAUCAUAUAAAUCUGUGAAAAUUGUGAUCUUACACGUGAUAACGGAUUGGCUAAAGAAGAAGAAAAUUGUGGGGAAAAAAAAUCGCUUGAUCAAACACGUAUAAUCGAAGGAUCGCCUGUUGAUAAUAGAUUUAUCCCAUGUCUUGUGAAUUUUUGAAAAGUCGAUUGUCGCGACGUAGAGAUUUCGAAGGCAUCGUAAACGAUGUGCUCGUCGGUGAAUUAAAGCUUGUACCUGAGCCGGUAAUUCAGACAAUCAAUAAUGCCGGGUCGUAAAACUUUGCGCGAGGCACGCAGCAGUGUUUGAUAAAUAAUGCAGUUCUAUCGGGUUGGUCGAUGUUCCGGGGUGUGAAGCAAAAAACGCUGCAUCACCCUUGGUGCUGAGAGAAUCUCGAAACGUGAAUUACAACACGGACAUUGUGUUGUGCGCAUCGAUUUCGUGAAGUUGACUUGGAGUGCUUGAUCCUUACACGAAUCAGAGACGAGGGUUAACAAGGUGUAUUAUUAUCCAGUAUAAGUGAUCGUGUGCACCACACGAGUGUUCGAGGAAGUGCGGAUCUCCUUCGAUUUUCUUUUUUUUUACGAGAUCGAUUUCCGUGACGUCAUUGCAAAACGAUUCGUCGGUAAUAGUAAAUGGUAUAGUGUUGGCAAAUAUUUGUCAGUACUUCAAAAUUGUGUCGUUUAACGUGUGAUAAAGUGUCUCAUCGUCAUUCAGAAUUCAUUGUUUGACGUGAAAAAAAGUGACUUUCCAUAUUGACACACCGAUAUCAAAUAAAAUUCAUAUACGUGUCAGAACGUAAAUCGUGGGAUAUGAGAAAUUAUAAAAAAUCGGAAAAUCGAUCAUUAAUGUAAUAGUUCAGAUACGAAGGCGCUUAAAGUGCAAGCUUCGCGGUAAUUAAUUUUUUGAAUGUGAAUUUAGAAAAGUCAAAAAGAUUGUUUUUCUCUCUUGCGAAAACCAUUACUUGAAUUUGAUGGCGCGUAACUUGUAAAAAUAGAAACAUAGCGAGUAAUUAUCUACGAUAGCUCUAAUUAUCGAAGCAACGAAGAAUUCUUUCGCGAAUAUACGAGUCUUUAAAAUCACGAAAAUAUACGCGAAGAGUGCGCGAAGAAAAAACACGGCGUGUGAAAUUUUCGAGGUCGCUCUAGAUCCGAGAAAGUCAAUCUCCUUUCGCGUUCGUGUUUCAAUUCUAGACGAACCAGAAUACGGGCGGUGCCGUGUGUGCUUCGUUAAACUGACAGUAAUCGUCAACCGCGUGUCACAAACUCGUACGUGGCGUAAAGCGAGUGUUCGCAAAUUAGAUUCCGGCGAUGCACUUACGAUGACGUCGUUUUGUGAUUUGAGCACUCGAGCAUCAACGCACGUGUGAAAAUUGAACUCGUCUUUCACGAGCACGAUUGCGUAUUACUAGAGGAAGAAAAUCGUGAUAAAGAGAAAUUCGAGAAAACCGCAUCUCCAAGUCAGAGUAUCUUGAAAAAAAAAAAAAAUCAGGCAAUUAUUAUCCAUGUAAGAGUAUGACGAUCGUUAUCAAAAUACUUGGACAUUGAUAGAUUUGUCGAUUCAUUCGAAUAUUCCACGAGAAGAAUAUCAUAUAGAAAGAUAUUCCUACAAAAGAGAACAUCGCGUUAUCGAAGACUUGUCUGAAGAGGAGAACAUUCGGGAAAUUUAUACGCGUGUUCGCGGGAAUUUUUUAUACUGGAAUAACGAUAAUCGACCGACAGUCGACGAUUGUUGCCGCGGGGCAAAUGGCAAACCUUAUCGGACUCGACACGUGAUAUAUCGCACGGCGACGAACGAGUGGCGCGAUUGGCUACGAUAGAAUGACGGUGACGUGUACGUCAUUUACGGAUGUUGUUCAGUGCCGGGAUGCUGUAGUGAGUAACUGUUAGUAAAAGCGACGCGAGUGUGACACAACGAGAUCGGUUUCGUCGUCGUCGUCGUCGUCGUUAUUCGCCGGAGAGAGUGAGAACAGAAGCCGGCCAACAUCAUUCAGAGAAAGACUCAGCAUGAAGGAUCAUCGAGGACGAUGGCUGCGCGCCGUGCUGCUUAUAACGUUCCUCUCGCAUCAAACGGCAGAAUGCGCAGCCAAGAACGGGAGAGCGGUGGUGGAGCACCAUCCGUCCUCUUACUGGGAACAACCCUUUAGUCAGCCUUACUUUGACAACACAACAAAGAGGGAGACCACAACCACCGUAGGGCAAUCCGCUUACCUGCACUGUAGGGUGCGCAAUCUUGGCGAUCGCGCGGUUUCAUGGAUCAGGCAACGGGAUUUACAUAUCCUUACCGUUGGCAUUCUAACGUAUACAAACGACCAACGUUUUCAAUCGUUGCAUAGCGAUGGCAGCGACGAGUGGACCCUGAAGAUCAGUUCGCCGCAAGUGCGAGACAGCGGGAUCUAUGAGUGUCAAGUCUCGACGGAACCCAAAAUUAGUCAAGCUUUUAACUUGAGCGUAGUAGUCUCGAAGGCAAAGAUCAACGGCAAUUCAGAGCUCUACAUCAAAAGCGGGAGCGACAUCAAUCUGACCUGCAUCGUGCUGCAAACGCCGGAACCACCAUCCUUCAUCUAUUGGUACAAGGGCGACAGUGUGAUAAACUACAGUCAACGCGGGGGCAUUAGUGUUGUGACCGAGAAACAGACGCGGACGUCACGUCUUCUGAUCAGCAAGGCGCUGCCAACCGAUUCCGGCAAUUACACCUGCGCACCAUCCACAGCCGAGUCAGCCAGCGUCCUCGUCCACGUGCUCAAUGGUGGGGGAGCAUCCGGCGGCCAUGCAGCACGGGAACUCUAGCAACAGCGGUGCGGCCACGAGGACGCUCGCGUUACUCCUGUUGCUCCUGCACGCCGGCUCCUUCGCGAGGUGACUGGUCGAUCACGAGGCGCUGCAGUAAAGAGAAGUACGGCCGAUAAUUUUCACCCAGGCGAGAUUGAGGGAACGACUACGAGGAUGGUGCGAGGUUAGUGAGACGAGAAGGGGAAGGGACGCAUCAUCCGCUCGCAAACCAUCACCUGGACUCUAUAUAAAUCAGCUCCAUCUUCUUUCCGUAUUGCCACGGUCGGGGGGUAGUAAGAGUGCGCGAAGGGAGGCGAACGAGAAAGAAGAUGAUGCGCGGGGACUAAUGGUAAAUAAACCACGCGUAAAUAGUCUGUCGACUUUGCUCUCGCUUCCGAGUGUACGAGUCCAGUUUCGUCCUGUUCGCGGUUUCCUUAAGCAAUCUCUCCCGUGCAAACGCGCGUGUUCGUGUAACUUACGCGGUAAGAUGAUCGCAAUGAUCGUAUAUACUCGUCGGACUUUCCAUCGACUGCGAAGCGAUUAUUGAAGACGACAACUCGUGUAAACUCGACGACGAAGGCGAAAUUCGUGAAGAGAUGCGGCGACGAACGAACUGUUCGCGUGAACGAUUCAACUUGUAGAAUAGCGAGUGUUCGAAGGACCAACGAACCGAACAAUGCGUUUCGACGAGAAACCGUAUGAUUUCUCUCACGUCGAUAUUCGCGACGACGGUAUUAGCAUUUCUUUCCAUUCACGCGUUAGAUUAUAUAUGAAGAUCUAUCGACGAACGCAGCUGUCGCAGAUUCACAGAGGUAAGAAUCAACGUGUUUUCGUCCCGCCUGGUCAGAUGGACCGACCGGCGACCUAGAUACGCUUGGCAAAACCACCGCGGGGAAUUCCAUUCAAUUUCUGGUCGCCGGAUGCGCUAUCGCUUCUUCCUCGAGGAGAACAAAUAUUUUGAGCUUCGUCGGACUUACCCGUGCUCGCGAAAACUUCCGGGUAUGUAUAUACACGUUGCGUGUCAUACGAAUGUCUCGUAAGACAGCGGAUGUGCACUCUGACAUGCUGAAAACUUUGCGUCGACGGCUCUCGGAUGCAAUUUCUUUACGAUCGUUUGGAUCAUCUUUUGUGUAUGUUACAAUCUUAUGUCUGCAGACAAUAGAAUACUAUUUUCGCUAUUACAAUAUUGAGAUGCUAAAGUGCAUAAUUAUUAUUUUACGCACAUAUUAUAUUUUUAUAAAACGAUUAAUUUGGAUUUAUUAUUAUUUAGGGACAGAAAAAAGUAAAUUACGCAGAUUUAAAAAAAAUACAUUAUAAAUUCAUUGACUGAUAAAUAAAGUUGUGAACUUCAACAAAAUCCGAAAAUUCUGAUUUCGAUAAAAAAUUUUACACGCGUAUAGGUAUUGUUUUUUUAGCCGCAACUGAAAAUUUUUUAAUUCUAUCUAAUUACCGCCUCUCUCCUCCAUAUGUGUAGAGUUUCACCAGAAUCCAAAAUUUUCGACGUUUCCUUAUCAGAUUUAUCAGUGAUCUUUUCGUUCGCAUGCUCGGAGUUUCGAAUAAAUAUUUUCCUCGAUCGUUCGUUCCCGCGGUCUAUUACGGACUGGCAAACGGAAUCGGCUACGACAAUAAACGGUUUUCGCGUUUCGCGAGAGACGAAAAAGCCACUGAAGUAUCUCUAAAUUAUGCGGUACGGAUCGCGCGAAACUCGUAGCUUGGCUUGGGUGGACGGGCCGGUCGCAGUUACGCCCGGCGUUCCAUUUGCAUCUCAGAACGCGGAAUUUACGAGCCCGAGGGUCGUCGAUCCAUGCUGUGGUCACGGGACCGUCCGCGUAUCCGUGCGCGCAUAUGAUAGACCCGAUAAGUUAUAUAAGCUCUCUCUCUCUCUCUCUCUCUUCUCUCUCGACAUAUCGUCGUUCGCGAGAGAGAAAUAUCGGCCUGGUCGAUACAGGGUGAGCUGACAUAUAGCUGAUAUAGCUGCGGUCUCGAUUAUGUUAAGGCAGCGCACUUCCGAUCCGCGCGUUUAAUUAUAGAUAUUAGUUUUCUGUGCGACUAUUUUCGCUCGUAAUUGAAUCGAAGCUGCUCAACUUUAUUCUUUUCCAUUUUUUUUUUCUCACACGGCUUUUAUCGCUCAUUUAUGCAUAAUAUGAUUUUUUAAUUAUUGGAUUAUCACGAUUUAAUUUAUGGCAUCUCAUAUAUAUAUAUAUAUAUAUAUAUAUAUAUAUAUAUAUACAUCAAAUUAAUUGCAUUCCAUCAAGAUGUUCGAGAUUGUAUCACGUCGUGCGGGGCGGGCGUGCGGUUAACGCAAUCAGCUGACGCGCCCGGAAUGUUCUUCGAAUAAAGUUCCAACGUUCAGUUGCGGCAUCCGAAUAGCCCGUCGACUUGGGAAAUAUGUCGGUCACAAAAGUGACGAAAAGUCUCCCUCGGAAAAUAGACAAUCGGCGAUGUAAUGUCGCGAUUAUAAUUCGAUGCGCGCGCUAAUGCUUCGAUAGGAUUCCGUUGACUUCAACGGAAUAUAAAGCCCUUAGAUUUUUUGUAAUUUUGAUUAAAUGUAUCUGAAAUCUCUGGGAUACCUUGAUUCGCUCUAUUACCGUUGAGAUUUUCCAUCACCCUGAAUCGAUUUUAUUUUAAUUACCGCAUGUCCGGGUGCGCAUCCAACACGUUUUUAAUCACAUCAAGAUCUCGUGUCACGGGCAUGGAGUUUGCAUGUCGAUCGUAGCGCUAUGUGGACAGAUUGACGUAAAGGUGUGGCUACGAAAGCGAGAAUAGGAUUUCCGAAUUUCCAGCAAUGUGCGUAGACACUCGGAUUCGCGCUCGUUAAGAUAAUGUUAAGCUUUAAGUGAUUAACAAAAGUCGUAUCGUACUGGUCUAUCCGUGUAUACGUCUCCAUAGAUCUCCAAUCGCAGUGGGUCGGUCGUAGCAUAUAAGGAGUUCGAGGCGACGACACGUAGAACGACAUCAUUCCGGAUAAUAAUAUAUUACAUACUAUCUUUAAGAGACUCACAAUGGCAUCGCUCAAAUAAGUGCGCAGAAGAGCUACCGGUAGUCGGAAAAAUCGAGAAUAGAUAAUUUGUUAAUUUUUUUGUAUUUUUUUGAUGAGCGAAUAGAAAAUUAUACAAAUAGUAUCGCGAAGCAUUUCUUAUAUAUUACAUUUGUUGAAAAAAAUAUCGGAUAUCUAGGUUAAAAUAGAUACAACUAUUGACUCUUUUUUUUUGUUUAUUAUGAACGGUUUUGAUUAUAUUUAUGAUAAGCGAGUUCUAUUGUAUUUAUAAACUGGGAUUUGGGGACAGUUUGUAGAUAAGGAUAAUACAUCUCUUAAGAAUACAUUUUCAUUUCUAUCAUUUCUAUAUUUUUAAGAUACAAAAUUAAAUUAACAUAAAAUGACAAUAUAACGUAUGUUUCGUUGAUUUUUCUUACUUCUUGAAAUUUAAAUUUUACUGUUUUUUUCUCUCUUUCUUUUUCUCCUUUUAUACAUAUAUUACAUCAAAUGAAUAAACGUCACACUGACAAUAUAAAAAAAUUGUAGAUAAUGUAAUAAUAAAAAUAAAAAAAAGUGUUCUCGUUUUUGUUUGCUCUAUUUUUCCAUUGGGUAAAAAUCUUCGUGCCGAGUGUCAUUUUAGGAACUUGAUACGCGUCGGAUAUACAUUAUCAUUAUCAGCAGCACGAUCGACCCACAAAUAGCCGUACUGUACAUACCUUUUUAAAUGUAAUGAUAAACGAUCGCUGUAACUCUAUUCGACUAAGAACCACGAUGCAAUUCUUACUAAUUUACACUCUUAGAUCAAUCGAGUGCUUCGUCAGCUAAAACGCAAUCAUUACACGAAACUAUCGUCAUCAAUCAAUUAUCAUCACGGAUAAUCUUGCGAUGAUCAUGGUUUGCCAAAAGAAAUUUUGGGCGCGCCUUUGUACAAGUGAAUUUUCCUAUUAGAGAAGAUAAUAAAUUAAUGAAUAUAUCUGGAAAAUGUCGUAAUAUCAAUUGUUAAAUUUAAUUAAUAUUAAUUGUUCGAUUAUAGCGUUGGAUAAAAUUGAUUAGUAGGCAAAUCGAGACAAAGAAAUUACUUAAUUUUUGUGCGAUUAUCAGAUGAAAGAUUAGAAAGAGAUUUUUGAGGAAAUAGAUUAAUGAAAAUAUAACACAGCCUUGUAAAUAAAAAGUUUAUGUUUUAUGUAUUGCUUGUGUGAACCAGAGGUGCGUAAAAAGGAUACGAAAUCUGUCAUUUAAAUCUUUUUUAAUCUAACAGUUAAUCUUUUAUUCACAUCUUACUUUUCUUUUGAUCAACAAAAGAGCCAAAAGAGAAUUUAUUUCAAAAAUGUUAAAAAAUUAAAAAAAAAAUAAUUUUAUAAUAUUUUUUAAAUAAAUUAUUAUGUUUAAUUUUAAAAAUGUCGCCAGUAAAUAAAUUAAUAAACAAGUGUUUAUACGACCAAACUGACAAUUUAUUGUUUGAUUAUUAUAUCACGACGUUUCGACCAUAUGGUUUUGGUCCUUAUCAAGUGAAAGUUAUAAUUAAAAAGUAGAAAGAGAAAAAUCGAAAUGUCAAACUGACAUUGUGUCAACCACUAUGUUUGGAAUACUGAGAUCGACUUUUUAAAUAAAGUACAAUAGAAAAACUGUGAGACAAUUUUUGACUUUUGCUGGAUCUGACAGAUUACUGACGAAAUUUUGCGCACCUCUAGGGGCGAUCAAGGAGUCUUCGUUUUGACGAACGAGAUGAGAAGGCGCGACGUGGUUGUAUGUUCCUGGAGAAGAGUUCCCGACGAAACGAUCGUCGUCAAUCACAAGAACGAGCUCUGCAAAAUCACCACUACCACCUUGCAUACACACACACACACACACACACACACCCAUCUCCCUCUUUCCAUACUCCUUCUAUCCCGCCACACCAUCCCUCGUGCUUUUUUUAUACGCUAAACGAGAUCUGUCCUCGUUAGUAUUUGUAAAUGGCUUUCGCGUACGCGCGGGUGCCGCUAAUCCUGCUUCUGUAUAUUCCGAAAAAAAUAUAAAAGCGAAGCGGACUCGGAUUGCGGACAGCGAUUAAUUGACUCGCGUCCGAGUCGCGAAUGAACGUGAAGGACUGGUAGCAAGUAAGUUUAACCCGAUUGUACGAGAUCAAUUACUUGUUAGCACACGAGCGAUCAGCGUACGCUCUUAGCGACACUACUCGAACGAUGUUAAACUAACGAACGUUAAUGUAUAUAUAUAUAAACGAGCAGUACUGAUUUAUCGUUUAUGUUGGAUCCAAUUGUACCAGAAUUCCUAAGGCAAUUAAAAGAGAAGAAAUAACGAUUA